AGUGGUAUCGAGACACUUUUAGGAAGAUCAUACUAGACCAAACAGAUCAGGACAGGCAUAAAGAGGAUUUGUUACUGUCGUCUGUAGAAAACUAACACAACUGUGACUGAAAGUUUAGUUUUAUAGUUGUAGAAAAUGUUUACACCUUAGAAAGGAGACGCUUAGUGGCUACUACUACAUUGAGACACAGUUAUGGCUGGGAACAUAUAUCGACACAACACCGGUGCCACCCAACGCCUGAGCCCGGCCCAGUUGGUACCACACCCAGCGUGAGUCAGUCUGUAACAGGACACCAACGGAGCUUUAGGUCGGCUCAGCAGAACAAAAUCACACCUAAACAAUAACCAAACAGGACAAAAACACGACAAAACCACAGAAGAAGAAGGAGUUAAAAACAGUCGGGAGUAAACAGAAGAAGCAGCAGGAGUGGACGGAACCGAACCAUGAAGUUUACUUUAAGAAUAGUUCUGCUGCUGCUUCUCGUUACCGGGACGUUAGCUCAAGAUUUUAACCUGCUUGAUGCCCUCGAUGAUCCAGAACCAACCCCAAAGCCCACAGAGAAACCCAAAGCAGGCGAGGCACCAGCUAUAAAACCCAAGAAACCAAGUUUUGGAGAUUCUGGUGGUGAUGGAUUUGACCUGGGGGAUGCCCUUCAUCCAGACCCAGCAACAGAGAAGCCUGCUGUCAAGCCUCCUAAGAGUGGAGGAGGCGGGGGAUCUUUGGUGAUUUUGACCUGUUAGACGUGAGUGAAGGAGGGGACUACAAGCCUGAUGGAGGCCACUCAGGAGGCCAUGCCGUGGACCCCGGCGCCGAUCAUCAGGGGGGAGCUGAUCAACCUCAAGAUCCAGACCAUGUGUGGGGCCAAAUCCUGAAGAAGGUUUAUGCUAACAUGCCAGAGGAGGUCUAUUAUUGGAUGUCCAACCUAAGGCGGGUCCUAACCCCUUUGUUAGAGAGGGUAGAGAACCUCCUGCAGGCCCUGCCAUGAGCCGCUGGUCCACCUGAGUCUGACAGUUGCUUAUGUCUCAGGUUAAACGUUAACAUCUGAUGGACUUCCUUUGGACACAAUGACACACAUGACCUAAGGAAAAGAGUUUGGACCUUAAAGUUGUGGUCUUUAGGAUCCUAAUCGUUGGGCUAAAGAUUUCUUCCUGCUUUUGUUUGGUUGCAGUUCUUAUUUAUUUGUGUAAUUAAAACGGCUUCCGGGGGAUUUCUGAACUGCUUGCUAAAAAGAAAAACUGGUUGCUUUAUGUUGUUUAUGAAAAAGCUGGAUGAUCUUAGUUGUUUGAUGUUGAUUUUACUCAGGCUGGAUGCCUUCCUUACACAGGCGGGGACUGAUUUAUGAUUUCAUAUUUGUUCCUUUAUUUUUGCAAACGGGACAUCAAAUCUGAAAUACUGCAUUAGCAUAGAAAGCUGCAGACUUACAACAUCCGCUUCUCAUUGUCAGAGAAGAUAAAGAAACUCAAGAAAUGGACAUGCUUGUCUUGUUGGACUUAGGGUUGUCACUGUGUGAAAAUUUAACCUCACAGUUAUUGUAACCAAAAUUAUCACGGUUUUCGGUAUUAUUGUGGUAUUUUUUAAACGUGUUACAUUUUCAGACAACUAAAUAAACCCUGUAUGUCAGGAAAA